GCCAGGAGUACCCCCAUCAGCUCCGAUAAUAUCAGAUGUAGAUGGAUAUCUGAAGCAUACAAAUAUCACCAAUUUCGAGCGACGCAGUCUGGCUGUGCUAAAACGUUGUAGCCGGUCUUUAAUUUGAAGGAGCCAAACAAGUUCUCGGGACAGAAGGAUCUUGAAGGCCCUCUCUCAGAAGGGAGCAUUUACCAUUGUUAACACUAUAGGAGCUCAAUUAGAAUACGGACCUGAGAUGAAUACGGUUAGAGAGACAUCCACUGACAUGGACUUGUACAAGGUGGCGCAGAACUACAUUGAGAAAAUGCUUGCUGUAGAUGCUGAUAGUGACAACAAAAAUAUCAGAGUAUUACUUCUUGAUGAAAGCACAGCAUCAAUCAUCUCGUUAAUCUCUACUCAGAGUGAUCUUUUGAAGAAGGAAAUAUAUCUCGUUGACCGUUUGGAAAAUGAGAAUCGUGAUAAGUUGAGAAACUUGAAGUGUAUCUGUUUCGUGAAGCCUAGUGAUUUGACUGUGACUAAGUUAUCGCAGGAGAUCAACAACCCCAAAUACUCAAGUUAUGAAAUCUACUUUAAUAACAUUAUAUUCAAAUCCCGAUUAGAAAGACUGGCUGAAUCAGAUGAUUUGGAAAUCGUGAAUAAAGUAGUGGAGGUUUUUCAAGAUUACUACGUAUUGAACAAAUCAUUGUUCACCACCACCAAUAUUAUGAGUCCCUUUACCGCCAGCGGAAUCCAGACAUGGGAUCCCUUGUCUCUAGAAAGCUCUACUGAAUGUUUGACUUCUUUAAUUCUAUCGUUAAACAUGAAGCCAGUGAUCAAGUACGAGUCCAAUUCCAAGAUGGCAAGUAAACUUGCUAAUGCUUUUAAUUACGAAAUGACAUCAAAUAGUCAACUAUUUGAGCAGCUUACACCUAAAAGAGAUACUGCACCAUUGGUUCUCAUAAUGGACAGGAAAAAUGAUCCCGUCACUCCUUUAUUGUUUCCUUGGACCUAUCAGUCAAUGAUUAACGAGCUACUAGGUAUCAAUAAUUCUAACAACAGUGUCAAUCUAUCAUAUUUACCAAAUGUUGGUGAAGAACUUCGAACAGUUAUCAUGAACGAAACACAGGAUCCUUUCUACGCUAGAUCUAUGUAUAUGAACUUUGGAGAUCUAUCUACGCUAUUGAAACAGUAUGUUGAUGACUACAAAAUCAAAACAAAAACAAAUUCCAAUAUCUCGUCUAUUAAAGACAUGAAAUUUUUCCUUGAAAACUAUCCAGAAUUUAAAAAAAUGUCUUUGAAUCUUUCAAAACAUAUGCUACUCACAUCUGAAAUUGACAAGCAAAUCAAUACUCAACGAGUUUGGGAAACAAGUGAAUUUGAGCAAUCUAUGUGUUGUAACGCGGAUACUUCACAUCACGAGAAUGACGUAUCUGAAUUGGAAUCGUUCUUAUUUGACAGUACUAGAUCUGACGGAACGCUGGCUAAUCCCCUAAGUGAAGAAAUCAAACUGAAACUGCUAUCUUUGUACGCUCUUAAGUACGAAACAUACCCUAGUAAUCAUCUAAAUUCGUUACUCAAGAGGCUGAACAACCCAAAUAUCAGUAAUUUCAUCAAUAUCCUUCUCAAAUAUGCCGGUCAAAAAUGUCGAAUUACUGGCGAGGAUGGUGCUGUUUUCAACAAGCUUGGUGGUACUGUCGGUGCUGCUAAUCAGGUCGCUGCUCUUUUCAGCAACAUAUCAGGAGGCAACAACACCGAAAAUGCAUUCAUGCAACACCAACCUAGAAUUGCCAAUGUUUUGGAUAAAUUCAUUAAGGGUAAACAAUCCCUCAGCAAUACAUUUGUCUCUGUUGGUAAAGACAAUACAGACAGCAAAAUACCUUUCAGAGAAAUAGUUGUUUUUGUUAUUGGAGGUGUAUGCUAUGAAGAAGUUCGAAUAAUCGAAGAAUUGAACAAGAAUCACGAUGGUGUUCGGAUUGUUCUUGGUGGAACGCAAACACUCAACAGUAAGAUAUUUAUAGAUAAUCUCAGAGAAGCUGGAAGUACUUGGUGAAGUGCAUACAUAUAUAAAAUCAUUUUGAUGGUAAUGUACAACAUUUUUCUUUACACUCACGCUUGCGGCAAUUACUCUAAGAAUAGAGAGCCUUUCUCAGUCUAGCUAAAAAAAGUAGCAAUUAAAUAAUACAGCUUUAUUAAUAUAAGAUUUACAGA